AUCAGAGUGCCAAAGUCGAUAAGAAGGAGAGAUGAGCAGCAUCAGCAGAACCACAAUGGAAGAAGGGGAUUCAGUGCCUGUGGUCCUACCUGGGUUCAGAUUCUAUCCCACUGAAGAGGUGCUGGUGGGUUACUACUUGAAGAAGAAGAUAGAGGGCAAGGACUCUAACUUCAGCCACAUCAUCCCUGAAAUCGAUGUCUGCAAGCACGAGCCUUGUGAUAUUCCUGCGUUCUUUGAAGAGCCAGACUUUCCUGAUCAUGAGAUGGAAUGGUUCUUCUUCAGCCAACCUGAUUUUAAGUACACCAAUAGCACUCGCUGUAACAGGGCCACAGAUCAGGGCUUUUAUAAAAUCACAGGCAAGGUUCGUGAGAUCAAGGCACGACGAUCCAAAGCUGUGAUUGGUAAGAAGAGGACCUUGACUUUCUACGAAGGUCGUGUGCCGAAAGCCAAGAAGACCGACUGGAUCAUGCAUGAGUAUUAUCUCACCAGCACUGAACUGGCCCAACUUGGUCCUAAUCCCAAUCAGCAGAAGGACUUUGUUCUCUGCCGCCUGAAGAAUAAGUCAGCUAAUUAUAAGAAGGUGAAGGCUGAUUUUGGUGGCUGCAUUGCCUCUAAUUCUGAAGAUGAUCAAGCUGCCGCAACCGAUAUGAUUUCAGAGCCAUUAGAACAUCUGGCAUCCCAAGAGGUAGGGGAUGUUCUGAAUGGUAAUGGUGAUCAUGAUGAAUGCACCGAGUCUCCAAAUGGUACUGGUCUGAUAGACAACAAUGAUAUUUCAAGCUGUGAUGAUGAUGAAAUUGAUACCUGGAUUUUCUAUGAUUUUGAUAAUCAAGCUGCAUGUGAUCUGUUUCAAGAGCAGUAUUGUGCUGAGCCAGGAGAAAAUCUGGAUUCACUCCUUCCUCCACCGCAGCCACCUCAGCCACCUCUGCCACCUCUGCCACAGGAUUACUGCUCCUCCACACAGCAGUCACCAAUAUACACAAAUCAGGGAAAUGCAGCAAUCUCCGAUUGGGGAUAG